GUCUCCUCUCGGCACUGACACACGAAGCUCACUAUGUCUGCCCAUAGCUCAUAUACGCCGAACGCAACCUGUUGCUAUCCUGGCUGUCGCGAAGGCGCGUGGCAGAAUCCUGACGGCUCGUACUCCUCUUUCUGCUCAAAGAAGCAUAGGGACGCUAUGCAACAAUCCAACGGGCCCAGUCCCAGCGUAGGCGGCGCGAAACUCUGCAAGAAUUGUCAUUCACGCCCGGUGUAUGUUGACGCUGGUCGCACGCACGACUUUUGUGGCCAGCGUUGCAGCGCACAAUACCAGGCAGGGGGAGGAACGCAGAAAAGGCUCUGCAAGAAUUGUCACUCGCGACCUGUGUAUGUCGACGGAAGCGGCACGCACGAAUUUUGCGGCAAGCGUUGCCGGGACUCCUUCCAAGCAGGCGUCGCGGGAGCUCAAGGGAAUCGGCGCGCUGGGAUUUGUAAGCUCUCGGGAUGCCAAAAACCGGCCUACGUAGGACCCGAUGGCGUGUCGAGCGAUUACUGCUCUAGAGCGCAUCGCACCCUGAACCAGGGUGUACAAGACGACGGGGAGUUGUGUCUCCUGUGCGGGCAGCGGCCCAAGGUUUUCAUCAACGGGAAGAUGAGCGACUUCUGCUCCAGCCGCUGCAAGGACGAUACAUUCGGCUCGACUCCUAUCAUCUUGAACAUAAGCUCGGACAUGGCAUCCUUCCAAGAUGUCACGAAGCAGUUCACCGAUCAAUGGAAGCACUCCACGACAGUACCUGCCAUAGUCAAGAUAUGGAAGGUCUACUGCCAUAAGUCUCACACUGAUGCGUUUCUAUCAUAUAAGCUUGAUGUCGAACGUAACACUCGCAUUGUCGGGGGAAAUAGCAGGCGGAGGUGGCACGGCACGACUCGAACCUGCACCAUCGGCGACUCUGAGAACAAGGGUGAUCUUUGCAAGGAUGUCAAGUGUUCCAUUUGCAGGAUAAUUGAGUCUUCCUUCCACAAAGGCAACAUGGGUCUAUUCGGCCCAGGGAUAUACACUUCCGCAACGUCGUCGAAAUCGGACGCCUUUGUCAAAGAGUUGAGCGGCUCGUACCCCGCGAUGUCGCGAAACGACGUUGCGAAAUCGAUCGCCUUUGUCAAAGGGUUGAGCGGCUCGUACCCCGCGAUGUCGCGAAACGACGUUGCGAAAUCGAUCGCCUUUGUCAAAGAGUUGGGCUCGCCGUACAAGGCGAUGUUGCUCAACGACGUUGUGUUGGGCAAGACGAUCAAGAUGACGACGGGAGACCCAUCCUUGGCCAAGCCACCGCACGGCUACGAUUCUGUCAUCGGCGAGCCUGGCGGUGUGUUGGACUACGAUGAAGCUAUUGUCUACAGGAACGACGCCAUUAGGCCACUGUUCUUGAUCAUCUACAAUGGUUGAUUUUCACUAGUCUGUUCGCUGUUAGCUAGUUCGUUACAAAUGUAACUAAGUGAUCACGACCUCACAGAGGUUGGUCAUGUCCAAUGCGCACGCAUGCGAUGGCUACAUAGUCGCCGAGCUUACGA